CUGGUUUUUUUGGGAUUUCCCGCAGGAUUUGCGCAGGAAAGCCGCGCGUUUGGUGGCGGCCAAGUGCACGCUGGCGGCGCGGGUGGACAGCUUCCACGAGAGCCAGGACGGCAAGGUGGGCUACGAGCUGAAGGAGGAGAUCGAGCGCAAGUUCGACAAGUGGCAGGAGCCGCCCCCGGUCAAGCAGGUGAAGCCGCUGCCGGCGCCGCUCGACGGCCAGAGGAAGAAGAGAGGGGGCCGCAGGUACCGGAAGAUGAAGGAGCGCCUGGGGCUGACGGAGAUCCGCAAGCAGGCCAACAGGAUGAGCUUUGGGGAGAUCGAGGAGGACGCUUACCAGGAGGACCUGGGUUUCAGCCUGGGCCACCUGGGCAAGGCCGGCAGCGGCCGCGUUCGCCAGACCCAGGUCAAUGAGGCCACCAAAGCCCGGAUCAGCAAAACCCUGCAGAGGACGCUGCAGAAGCAGAGCGUGGUGUACGGGGGUAAAUCCACCAUUCGGGACCGGAGCUCGGGCACGGCCUCGAGCGUGGCCUUCACCCCCCUGCAGGUGGGGAUUUGGGGGG